AUGGGACACAAAAAAAAGCAUCCCCCUCGCGCUCGCAAUGCAUCCGGCCAUUUUGUACGCCAAAAUACACCUGUGGCAGUGUCUUCGGAUCCUGGGGAGGAAUCGGAAUGGGAGCACAUGUCGGAUCACGACAGGUCGGAUGAUGAGGACUUUGAGAUGUCGGAUGAGGAGUCGGAUUUGGGCUCAAAGGAUGGGGAUGCAGUGGAAGAUGAUGAUUCACUGUCAGAUUCCGGUGAUGAACUCGACAACAUUGCGAUCCCGAGUGUCUGGCUCGAGCUGGCAGAUCUGCUGACGGGUGACGGCAUGCCAUCUCAGAUUAUCACGGUCAACUCCGUUCUGGGAGCGGAAAAGGUCUUCGAUGGGCCCAGAGAUCGCGAAGCCAAGCUUGGGGUGAAGCGAGGUCUGUACGGAAUUGGCGGUGACUCCGAGAAGACGCUUCGCACCAGACGACGACGGGUGGAGGAAGCGUUUGAAAGGGGGACCAUCACGUCGAGUCAGCGGCAAGUUCAGCUGCAAGGCAUCAGCAUGAAUGCAGCGCCAAAGACCAAGGCUGACAAGAAACUGACGUCGUUCUUCCAGCGACUCAAACCUCAUCCCCGAGUUCCACUCCCCACCCGGUCCCCUUCUCCUGGCAUGCCAGCCAGUGUCGACUCCGAAGCCGACACUGGACAUGUCAUCUCUGUUCCGAUCCUGCGCCCAACUGUCGAAGACGAGGACAACAUCCCUUCCAGUCGGCCUGGGGGAACGCUGCCCAUUCGUGCUGGUGUUCCAAUUGUCGCCCUUGCGACUGAGUUCGAUGAUCGAGGAAAUGUGCUCCCACAGUACACCGAUGGCGAUGAUCCGGAAAUGAAUACGGAAACAACCAGUGCGGACUUGGACUCUGUCAACAAUGUCGAUGAUGCUGCUGAUUGGAUCGACGGAGUUCUUGGUGAGGAGGAGGAACAAACGGACCUGGUGCUGCAGCUUCUGUGUGCGGAGAGCCUGAAGAUGGCACGCAAAGCAAAGAACUAUCGGGCAGAGGUUGUCUGGGCCACUCUGGUGAGCUUCUACAGCUGGAAGGGAAGGUUGGGACGCGGAAAGACAUCGCUGCGGUGUGCCAAGACACUUGGCCGUGGUCCUGCAUUUGCCCGCGUUAUCUGCGGUCAAGCCAGACAUGUCGAAGCAACGGGGGCACUGAAGGUGUUCCGCCAAGGAAAGCGGAAGAAUAAGUCAGGACACCUCAUGGACGAGGGAUUCUCGCUCGGCAUGCAGCGGUGGCUUCGGACCAGAGGAACAGGCCAGGUCACACCACAACUUCUUCGUGAUCAUGUCAACACCACACUCUUACCGUCACUCAUGGAGAGCAAGAAGACAUCCAUAUCGACUCGUCAAGCAUGUCGAUGGCUAUAUAUCUUAGGCUACCGUCGAAAGCAGCAUCAGAAAGGGGUGUACUGGGACGGCCAUGAGCGCACGGAUGUGCGUAAACACAGGAAGUUUAUUCCGCUCUAUGAUGGACCGGAGAUGGCAGAAACAACAACAGCAGAGCGCGAUGCUCAAGGGAAGGAGCACGUGUUUAUCUAUCAAGACGAGUCAGCCUUCCACGCCAACGAUUUCCAGAAUGUCUCGUAUUACCUGCUGCCAGGAGAGCAAGUGCUGAAGAAGAAGGAACAAGGUAGACUGAUCAUGGCCUCGCGUUACAUCUGCGAGCGAUAUGGCAACAUCGCACUCACAGAGACACUGAUCAAAGAGAACGAGAAACUGCCUGCUGAUCAGCGUUUGGAGGUCGUUGACUCAUCUGUGGUGAUCUGUCCGAACAACAAGGCUACAGGCGAUAAUUACUGGAAUAUGGAUCAGAUGAUAGCGCAGCUCCAUAAUGCCAUCAAGAUUGCAAAACGUCUGUAUCCGAAUGCUCAACUCCACUGGGUCUUCGACAAUUCAUCGUGUCACGGCAGCCUACCUCACGAUGCGAUUGCGGUAACAAAGAUGAACGUCGGGCCCGGAGGACGGGUUGAUGACAUGCACAACACAAUCAUUCCCUUGUCGAAUCCACAUGGGAAGGGUGGCACCGUGCAGUCGAUGCAGUUCCCGGUGAAUCUUCCAGAUGACCACCCAGACAAGGCCCAUGCAGGGAAGGCCAAGGGGAUGCGGCGGAUUUUGGAAGAGCGAGGUUACAACACUCAGAAACUGAUUGGGCAGUGCAAGCAGUGCAAGCAGGAACACACACGGAAGCCAAACUUGACCGGCCUUUCACCCGAUGACAUUCAGCUUGCUGAAGGGGACGACGGAAACGACUCGGAAGAAGAUGAGGAGCAACCAGUCAACUGCUGUCUUCGGCGUCUCCUCGAGAACGAAGAGGACAUCAAGAACCAGACCGUGCCGCAAAAAGAUCUCGAGGACGCACAGAAGGCCUGGGAGGCCAGAGAGGAGAAAUAUCGCGUUAAAAUGCUCAAUAAAUAG